UAUAGGAGUCAUGUGCAUAUUAUCCUAAUGACUUCGCCGACACAUAGAAGGUGGUCAGAUUGGGGACACACCAUUUCCCCCCUUCUGAGGAUAGAGUAGCGCAGGUAAUGGAAGUCUAAUUACCAACGCAUGAUCACACUCCCAAUUCGUCUCAUGCAAACACGCCGUAAUGGCGGCCACUUCAGCAGCACCGGAUGUGAGUUCAGUUUCUGGCCUUCUUUCUCGUCUGGAAUCGACCUCUAAGCCAUUUCUCCAUCACCAGAGCUCUUUGAGGCUUACGCUCAAACGAUGCGGUCACAUCUCCUUACGAGUUUCUCGCAACGGCGCCGAAAAUUUAUGCAGCGGCGCUUGUGGGGAUAAACAGAAGACGAUUGAGCCGAUUGAAUUGGAAAAACUCGUUGAAGAUUAUCCUUUCGCGUUCAAUUCCAAGGACCCACCAAAUCCACUUCCAAGACCUUUGACAUCGGCUGAUUUGUCAAAUAUGGCACCCCAAGGAUCUCAUCUUCGCGUGGCUUAUCAGGGGGUGAGAGGUGCCUAUAGUGAAUCAGCUGCAGAGAAGGCGUAUCCAAAUUGUGAAGCAGUACCUUGUGAACAAUUUGAUACUGCUUUUAUGGCUGUUGAAAGUUGGCUUGUUGAUAGAGCAGUCCUGCCAAUUGAAAAUUCUCUAGGGGGAAGUAUUCAUAGGAAUUAUGACCUUUUGCUUCGACACCAUUUGCAUAUAGUUGGAGAAGUCAAACUUGCCAUAAAACACUGCUUACUAGCUAGUCCUGGUGUGGAAAUCAAAGAUCUAACAAGAGUUCUAAGCCAUCCUCAGGCACUUGCCCAAUGUGAGAACACUUUAACAGACCUUAGAUUGGUCAGAGAAGCUGUUGAUGAUACUGCAGGGGCAGCAAAGUAUGUUGCUUCUCACAAACUGAAAGAUGCUGGGGCUGUGGCUAGCCUCACUGCUGCAAGGAUAUAUGGAUUGGAUGUACUUAAACACAAUAUACAGGAUGAUUCUGAUAAUGUUACUCGGUUCUUAAUGCUGGCUAGAGAGCCCAUAAUUCCUGGCACCAAUAAACCUUUUAAGACAAGUAUAGUGUUUUCUCUUGACGAAGGCCCUGGUGUUCUUUUUAAGGCACUUGCUGUUUUUGCUAUGAGGAAUAUCAACCUUACAAAGAUUGAAAGUCGUCCUUUGCACUCCUUGCAGAAGAUGGGUUUGCAAACAAUUGACAGUAACACUGAUGGUUUUCCUAAAUAUUUUCCCUAUCUGUUUUAUGUGGAUUUCGAAGCAUCCAUGGCCGAGGAAAGGGCCCAAAAUGCUUUAGGCAACCUAAAGGAAUUUGCUAAAGUUUUGAGAGUCCUGGGGAGUUAUCCAGCAGAUAAUGGCAUGCCUUGACAUUUGAACCUGGAAACUCUUGAACGAUUCAUGCUGUUUCCUCGAAGAAAAAAGCCAGUUUUUUGCACUUGAAACAUUUGGCUGAUUUGAUCAGGGGAAAUAAAUAUAAAUUUUGAACUUCAUCGAAAACAAAAUCUAGUUAGUAUAUCAUUUCUCGAGGUCUCUUAUUUUUUAUUUAUUUUUGUUGCAAACUAGAAAUCUACGGUAGUAGCCUGCUUCUUUUUCCUUUUAGCCGGUCAGUUCUUGUAUUUUUGUUUUCUCGAAUUGGACAUAAAGAUAUUCAUUUAUUUAUUUGUGCAGUUUUCAUUUGAACUUCUCCUACAAAGAGACCGAUGCAUUGAUACUUUGAAUUAGG